AUGUUACGGGGAAGAACGGCAGGGCGGAAAAAAAAGCCACCCUGUUGGGAUCGUUCAACCUAGCCGAAGAGCGAGUUGGUCUUGGGGACGUUGAGAGGCUAAAACCCUGGUCUGAGCAACAAUGAGAAGUUGGUGCUUUUUAGUGGCUACAUUCUUUAUCCCAUGGGGUCUUUCUUUGGCCAAAUUUGAGGAGUUUGAUGACGAUGACUUAGUGGAAUAUGAUGAUAAUGAUUUUGCUGAAUUUGAAGAUGUGAUUGACGCAACAGAAUCUCCCCAGCGGAUUGUUACAGCAGAAGAGGAAGAGGAGGAAGCCACAAUAGAACUUGAAGGACAAGAUGAAGGCCUUGAUUUUGAGGAUGCUGAUGGACAGGAAAGUGAUACAGAAAGUGAGCCAUAUGAUGAUGAGGAAUUUGAAGGUUAUGAAGAAAAACCUGAUGCAUCUCUUGGCAAAAAUAAGGAUCCUAUUACUAUUGUUGAUGUGCCUGCACAUCUUCAAAAUAGUUGGGAGAGUUACUACAUGGAAAUUUUAAUGGUGACUGGACUCCUUGCUUAUAUCAUGAACUAUAUCAUUGGAAAGAAUAAGAACAAUCGCCUGGCCCAGGCCUGGUUCAGUAGUCAUCGAGAACUGCUUGAAAGUAACUUUGCACUAGUUGGUGAUGAUGGCACAAACAAAGAAGCUAUAAGUACAGGCAAACUGAACCAAGAGAAUGAACAUAUCUAUAAUUUGUGGUGUUCCGGUAGAGUGUGUUGUGAAGGCAUGCUUAUCCAACUCAAGUUUCUUAAGAGACAAGACUUGCUGAAUGUUCUUGCACGCAUGAUGAGGCCAGCCUGUGACCAAGUGCAAAUAAAAGUUACUAUGAAUGAUGAUGAUAUGGAUACCUACGUUUUCGCUGUUGGGACAAGAAAAGCCUUGGUACGGCUUCAGAAGGAAAUGCAGGACUUGAGUGAGUUCUGCAGCGAUAAACCCAAAACUGGGGCAAAGUACGGGCUCCCAGAAGCACUGGCUAUCUUAUCGGAAAUGGGUGAGGUCACAGAAGGAAUGAUGGAUACAAAGAUGAUCCAUUUCCUCACACAUUAUGCUGAUAAGAUUGAGUCAAUUCAUUUUUCAGACCAGUUUUCUGGUCCAAAACUUAUGCAAGAGGAAGGCCAGCCUUUGAAACUGCCUGAAACUAAAAAGACACUGCUAUUUACUUUUAAUGUACCAGGUUCGGGCAACACUUCCCCCAAAGACAUGGAAGCUCUGCUGCCACUGAUGAACAUGGUUAUUUAUUCUAUUGAUAAAGCAAAAAAGUUCCGUCUGAAUAGAGAAGGAAAACAGAAAGCAGAUAAAAAUAGAGCACGUGUGGAAGAAAAUUUCCUGAAACUGACUCAUGUUCAAAGACAAGAGGCUGCCCAGUCCCGCCGGGAAGAGAAAAAACGAGCAGAGAAGGAGAGAAUCAUGAAUGAGGAAGAUCCAGAAAAGCAGCGUCGUCUAGAGGAGGCUGCCUUGCGCCGUGAACAGAAAAAACUUGAAAAGAAGCAAAUGAAAAUGAAACAGAUCAAGGUGAAAGCUAUGUGAAAAACUUAUUAGGAAGAAAUAUCUUUUUGGUGCCAACCAUAGAAUUGCAAUUUGCUGCCUACAAUGAGCUGAUUAUAUUCCUGACCUUAAUCAUUGGCCACUUAAGAACCACUUUUGAUGAUAACUCUUGUCACUCAUGGGAUUAUGAAUGAAAGUUUUUUCCCUCCAUGUAUAUUGAGUGCAGUUGUUCUUAAAUCCAUUGGUAACAGUUUGAACACAACGUUUAAAAAUGUGUUUAUGUACUGAAUUGCUUCAACCAAUGACACCCCCCCCAAACAGCAAAAUUAUACUUAGUUACCAAUAAAAUAAAUGUAUUUUAAUCCACAUUUGGAUUGCAAUUCUGAACCUAGUUCAAUUUUCUUUAAUGACUAGGACUGCUGAUAACAAAUGUUUUAAUGGUGCAGCCCAUUUUGAUUUUAUAUAACAUGCAGAUGUGUAUAUAGAGAGUAGUUUACAAUUGUCUUCCAUAUUGUUAGAUUUUUCACCCUACUUUCUUUGGAUGGGGUUCUAGAAAUUUGCAACAUUCUUUCAGAUGCUUUGAUUAGAUGCAUGGUGUAUGUGUAUGUGUGUACACAUUCCAACACACAUACACACACACACACACACACACACAAAAUGUAUGCACGUACUAAUCACACACAAAUGUAUGCAUACACAGACACACACACACAAAUUCUUGGAAUGUACCAACAAUGCAUACGCACUUUGAUUAUAUUUAGAAAAAUGGGCAAAAUAGAGGGAAAAACUAAUAACCAAUACUU